CUCCUCCAUGUAGGCCUGGUAAGGACCGAACAGACCUCCAUCGAUUGCAUUCACAGUCUUCGUCUUCUAUGAAUGAGUUUUAUUCUAGAAUACCUUGACACCGUUAAGCGUUGAGCAGCAGCUCGUGCUACCAUGUAAUUGCCUUCAUUCUCGGCUUUCUUCUUGUGAGAUUCAAGGGUGUUGACAACCUCAACACCAACUUGGCAACGUCGUCCUGAAGAACAUGUGCUUCAUGACAUGAAAGAUUUCUUGGGAGUUCACAAGGCUGCAAGGAGAGAGAAAAACCAAACGAGGCUGAGUCUCUCCAAAUGCGAUCGGGGGAAAAGCUACUGAAAAACUAAGGCAAUUCAGCCAUCCUCCUAAUCACCGACAAUUCCAAUCACUGUCUUCUUCAACUUCUAAUUCUACUAAGAGAUUACUAUGACAUCUUUUUCAUCGUCCGCCCCGUUCGCCUCCACAUCGAUCUUAUCGUCCUCGCCCUUAAGGCGAACCCCCAAGAAGAAAUCUAUGCCCCUGCGAAGCUCCGUCUGUCGCUACUCCCUUCGCCUCGCCCACCCGCCUGCGUGCCUGUAGCUCUAGAUUCCUCGGAUCUGGCCCAUUACAUUGCGCCUCUGACUUCGCAGCUGCAGCGGGCGUUGGUCUUGUUCAGUUCGUCGGGUGGAGUCUCGCGGAGUUUCCUCGGUUGAGCUGUUGUCCGCCGUGUUUUGGGCUAUUCGUGUGAGUGUUUGGGAUGAGAGCAAUGGCGAUCGGGUCGGUGCUGGGUUGUGUCGGGUUGCAGUUCUCCGCAGUGCCGACGUUUCAUGGAUCGGGGGUGGCGAGUCCGAAGAUGAGGACGCAAUGCAGAGCUUGGCGGAGAACUAUGUCCAUGUCGGUUCAGCAGCCGUCGAAACGGGUCCAGCGUGCAGAGACGUUGCUGCAUGACUUCCGUCGGUCGUCCGCCACUCCCCUUCCUCUUCUGCACCUGGUGGCGGAUGCUCUCGUGCACGAGAUGUACGCUGGAUUGGUCUCAGAAGGGGGGAGUGAUCAGCUGAAGAUGCUCCCAACGUACGUCGAGGAGUUGCCUUCUGGGAGUGAAAAGGGGCUGUUCUACGCCGUGGACUUGGGCGGGACAAACUUUCGCGUUCUAAGGGUGCAAUUAGGCGGCCACACUGGUGAGAUUUUGAGUCAGGAGUUCAAGGAGGUGGCCAUACCUCCAGAGCUCAUGGUGGGCACCGGCAAGGAUCUUUUCGACUUCAUUGCGGGUACGCUCGCGUCAUUUGUCGACACCGAAGACGAGUCAUUGAAAGCCCACUUUGCUCAGUCGGGCAAAGUCAGGGAAUCCGGCUUCGCGUUCUCCUUUCCUGUUCGCCAGACGUCUGUCAAAUCCGGCAUUGUCAUCCACUGGACCAAGGGCUUCAAAGUUGACGAUGCGGUGGGCAAAGAUAUCGUGAAACAGUUCCAGGAUGCAAUCAGCAGGAGUGGUCAUCAGAUUGCGAUUUCAGCCCUGGUGAACGACACCGUCGGUACCUUGGCCGGAGGCAGGUUCAACUUUGAGGAGGAGACCAUGAUUGGCUGCAUCAUUGGGACAGGCACGAACGCGUGCUACGUGGAACGUGCUGAUAGUGUUCAAAAGUGGGCGGAUCCACUGCCGAAAUCAGGACAGAUGGUGAUCAACAUGGAAUGGGGUAAUUUUCAUUCACCCUUCCUGCCACGCACAUUUGCUGACGACAUUGUUGACAAAGACAGCGUAAACCCUGGAGACCAGUGGUUUGAGAAAAUGAUAUCUGGGAUGUACCUUGGCGAGAUCGUGCGUCUCGUGCUUGCGAGGAUGGCUGAAGAAGCGCAGUUGUUUGGUGGCAGCCCCCCCGCCAAGCUGUUGGAGAAACUCAGCCUCGGCACCCCACAUGUUUCGAAGAUGCAUGCUGACGCUUCACCGGAUUUGCAAGUCGUUGCCGAAGUUCUGGAGGACGUCUACGGGAUCGAAACCACCACGCUCGAGGAGAGGAAGAUUGUACGCGAGGUGUGUGACAUCUUGGGCAAACGAGGAGGAAGGCUAGCUGCAGCAGGUCUUUACGGCAUACUGAAGAAGAUAGGCAGAACGGAGAGAUCUCAGAACGGAUUCCAACAAAAGAAGAAGACGGUGAUUGCAAUGGACGGAGGUCUGUUCGAGCAUCACGAGCCUUACCGGGCCUACAUGGAGGAGGCACUCCACGAGUUGAUGGGCUCCGAAGCCCUUUACGAGGUGUCUUUAAGGCUGCAAAACGAUGGGUCCGGUGUAGGUGCUGCGUUGCUUGCUGCUUCCCAUUCACAAUUUAAAUAGAUCACGUAGUAGUCAUGUAACAUUAAAGAUUUUCUUUUUUUAGCUUUAGCAUACACAUUGUAAAUACUCAUCAAGUCUUGUUCAACCUGCCUUUGGAGAUACUCAAGUGGUCUGUAUGGAUUGAAUUGGCUUUUCAACUUGGUGAUAGAACAUCGUUGAUGUU